AUGUGUCGGCACCACCAGAGACCGUUACUACAAGUGAGGUCGAAAGGGCGGCCCAAUAUAGGCACAGGAAACAAGAAUCAUCGAAUUGCCGUUUUUGCCGAAGAAGUGGCAUCGUCUCCAGAACCAGAAGAAGGCGAUAGUUGCAAAGACUACCCUGUGGUUAUAUUGAAAGCUUCAGAUAAACAGGUGAUAGACCUACUGAACGGACAGAUUUUGGGGCCGUAUGACGAGAAGGCCCACGAAGUACAGAGCAGAAGACCAAUCAUUCAUUCAGAUAGCUUCAUCAACUCUUCUUCAUGCUGCUCAAAGGGUGCUUCCAGGGUCACGAAGCAGUGUUCCUGCAAUAAGAGCGCUGUCUCCAGAACUAAGAUCCUCAAAUCAUACUUCGACAAGCACAAAAACGAUAAGUUCCCAGUCAAGUCAGAAGUUCAUGUACAACCUGCUAAGCUGACUUGUUGCAGCUCCAAGAAGCAGGCCAAUGCCACGAACAACAAUGACCCUCACACUCCUUAUCCAAAUCCAACAUUGGCUAAUCCUUACUUAAGGCCAAACCUUCCUCAAGAUUCUCCCAUGGUCUCGUCCAAUAUUGGACAGCUACCUGUUCAGUCUAAUUCAUAUCCACACAAUCUUUUCACGAACGUUUCGUUUCCUUCCAUGUCCCUUCCUCCAUUCGUGCCUAUGCCGGAAAUGCUGUACAAUUCCAACCAUGUACGACAAGAAACGUACUCCAACCUUGCCUCUAGCAAUACGGGCGAAGUGUUUGAAGUCGUCAACGUGCCUUCGUGUUCGAUUCUGGGUACUUGCCGAUGUACUGAUGCCUGCAACUGCCCUGGCUGCGUCGAACAUAACAACGCUCCAAAGCCACCAGCACAAAUCCAUCUUGACUCGCUACGAAACGAUGCUCAAUACAGUUCCAACCUAAUUCUCACCCUGAAAGAACAACCGAAGAAAAUCUCAGAGAAGCCGGGUACGCAGCCUAUCCCUCCCACUGGCUCUGUACCUAAGGACUUUGAUACUUACGCAAACUUUCUUCGACUGAUAAUUGGGGAAUCCGCCUCCGUGGGCCAAGAUUCUGGACAGACAGAAGUGGAAUCCGUCAACAAUAGCGAAGAUCACAAAUGUGAGUGUCCAGACGAUGCUUGUUUUUGCACAAAUUGUGAAGCCCACGGUAUUAUUGACGGCUACAGACUAGACGACAUCUUCACUUCACGCGCAGCGUUGGAGAACCACACAAUCAAGCAGGAGUCGAUAAAUUCUACCGGCUGUGACAAGCAUUCACCUCUCUGUUCGAGUGUUUCUCUUCUGUCGCGAAGUUCGGACUCAACACUACUAGGUAUGAGUAACAAUAAGGAUAGUUCGAGUCUGGAGAAGAUUAAAUGA